AUGGCAGUUGAUCUUUAUAAACAGCAAUCUACUAUGUUACAUGAAUGGAUGACAAACCAAAUGGAAAAGAAUAGACCAGGUAAAGUACACGCCAUCAAAUUUUCAGUUUUAUCAGGUGAAAAUGGGAAACCACACAUGGGAUAUGUAGUACAAGAAAUGAUAAAAAACAACAAACAGGCAAUAGACAUUGAAUUAGUAAACACAUAUAUGCAUCUGAAUACUAUUUCUGAUCCUGAUUUGAUGAUUAGCUAUGAUGGUCUUCCACAUAACUACGUUUCAUUGGAUGGUUAUCCUCCUUGGCAUAUUCGAUUAACUGAAAUUAUGAAUUGUUAUAGUGAACACCAGUUGAAUUAUGAUGUAUUUAUCAAGUGUUUAUACAAAUACUCCAAAGUGGAACAACGAUUUGGUAAAUAA